CCGAGGCUUCGCGGCUGCUGCAGCCUGGAGAUUGGCUCGUGGUGCGCACUCCUGCGCCACAGGGCGGAAGGAAGUCCAGUUUUGAGGCCUAAUGAGACUCCUUUGUAGGACUCUGUGAUGCCAGAAUCCCUCCUCUCCUCCCGAUUCCCGCCUGGGUCUGGACCAGGGUCAGAGGCUGCUUGACUGCGAAGUGGCGCUUGCCAAGCGCUCAACAUUAAAUAGGAUUUUCUGCCCCCAGCAUGGCCUAAAUUUGCUUCCUGGACCAGGCUGGAAUCUGUUGUGACCAGUGCUCUGGAAGGAACUUUGGAUUUGGAGGAAAAAGAAAGUCACUCUGUGCUUUGAGAAGAACACUCUGCAGGGCGUGAGCAUAGCUGUCAUGGCUGCUGCCUCCCCGCUGAGAAACCUGGAGGACGAGGUGCUGUGCUCUAUCUGUCUUGACUACUUGAGAGACCCCGUAACCAUUGACUGUGGUCAUGUCUUCUGCUACCACUGCAUCAUGAAGGUCUGUGAAUCUGCUAGGCAGCCAUUGCAUUGCUCUCUCUGCAAGACAGCCUUUAAGACAGAGAGUAUCCGCCACGUGUGGCAGAUGGCCAGCCUAGUGGAGAGCAUCUGGAGGAUGAAAGCAGAUGAGGAGAGACAGCCCAGAGAGGAAAGACAACGUGAACAAAAAGCAGAGGAGCUGUGCGGUCAACAUUUGGAGAAGCUGCAUUACUACUGCAAGGACGACCAGCAGAUACUGUGUGUGAUGUGUCGGGAGUCCCGGGAGCACAGGCACCAUGCUGCAGUCCUCCUGGAGAAGGCUGCUCAGCCUCAUCGGGGUAAAAUUCUGAAUCAUCUGAAGGUCCUGAAGGGAGACAGGGACAGGAUUCAGAAUCUUCAGUCUACAGGAGAAGAUGAGAUUCAGGCCCUGCUGGCAAAAUUCCAGAACCACAAGCAAGACAUAGCAUCCGUGUUUGAGCAAGGCCAUCGGUUCCUGAGAGAAAGGGAGCAGUACCUGUUGGAGUGUCUGGAGGGGAUGGAGCAAGAGCUCACUGAAGGGAGGAACAGCCAUGUCACCAAGGGCUCCGAGGAGGUCGUCCGGCUUGGGACCCUGAUUACUGAGUUAGAGAAUAAGGCUCGGCAGCCAGCACUUGAACUUCUGCAGGACCCAAGUGACAUAAUAAACAGAUAUCCCCGGAAGAAGUUCUGGAUUGAAAAGCCUAUCAGUCCUGCAAUCAAAAAGCGGGCAGAAGAAUUUUCAGAUAAACUUCUUUCUCUAGAGAAAGGACUCAGAGGAUUCCAUGGAAAAUUGAUGAGAGAUCUGGAAUAUAAGACAAUGAGGAUCAGCCUGAAUUCCCAGACAGCCAAUGGCUACCUCUCAGUGUCUCCGAAUGGAAAGAGUAUGGUAUUCACUGGCUUGUGGAUGAACAAAUACCAACACGGGCAGCGAUUUGACCCGGAGCCUGGUGUGCUGGGCAGUAAGGGCUUCACGUGGGGCAAAGUGUAUUGGGAAGUGAAAGUGGAUAGGAUAUGGUGGGGGGCAGAGGAGGAAGAAGAAGCGAUGAAGUACAGGGGUGAAACCAGAGGUGUGUUUGGCAGUAGCUAUGUUGGUGGAUUCAUAGGCAUCACUGAUGGGUAUAGUUCUCCUGGAUACAGAGAUGAGAAUGAGGAGCUGGAGGAGGAAUGGUCUCAGGAAAAUGGAAUAUGGCCAAAAUUCUGCCUGGUGGGAGUGGCAAGAGAGUCCGUGGUGAGACGAGGAUUUCUCACUUCACCCCCGAGGAGGGAUUCUGGACUCUGCAGCUGUCUUCAGCUGGGGUCUGUAUAUGUACCAGCCUGGAGCCUUUCCAGAUCCUGUCCUACUGUCCGAGGCAGAUUGGCGUUGCUCUGGAUUAUGAUGGUGGGAAGGUAGCCUUUACCAAUGCCAGAACUCACGAGUUUAUCUAUGAGUUCUCCUCUUCCUUCAGUGGGAGAAUUUUCCCUUUCCUGUGGCUUAACUGCAUGAGAUCCAGACUUACGCUGAGACCCUGAGAGAAGACCUCAUGGGCACAGCCCGAGGUUUCUUCCUUUAUCCUUUGUUCCUUUACAUCAUGCCCAGCUCUCUACCUCAGCUAGAUGGUCCUGCUGGGUUGCUAAAGGCACUUCGGUGACUGGAGCAUUAUGGUAGCGUCAGGAGUCUCUUAUCCUCACUGCUUUGUCUCUAAAAUGGAAAUAGUAAUAUAUGAUCUGCUUUCUCUGCGGGGGAAUGGUUGAAAUGUCUUUAAAGUACUUAUUAAACCGUGUGUUAUUACUAAUCUUUCUAUUCUGUUGCCUUUGAUUGAUUCUUCACCUGCCACUGAGACAAAGUUAUGAGCACGAAUGACUGUAUCAUAGGAUUGCAGGCCCUGCCACUAAGAGUAAUUGAUUACAACAUCCAUAUCAAUUUCUAAAGCACGUUUUCUGUCUCAUUAUUUCUGCUGCCAUCCUUCUAAGCAGCUGAGCAAACAGUAACUAUUAUGUAAUUCUGAAACUUGAGGUAUCUGGAGUGGAAAUUGGUUUAGUUCUUUCUGCUCCGUUCUGAUCAUAUUUGCAAUAAGAAGGGGGGAAGGGAAGCUAUAUAAGUUUCCUGUGUAUAUGAAUCUUUGGAAGUCACUGGUCCUGAAACAAGUUUUUGUCAGCUGUGUUUUGCGAUGGGAAAAAUAGAUUCUUAAUGUUAAAUUUGUAGUCUUAGCUAAAGCAGCAGAAAACAAAUCAGGCUAAUUUUAGGGAAAAAGGGAAAUGCAUUAAAAGUUCCUGGGUAUGGAGAGCACAAGGAGAGAAGGAUAUGUGUGCCCACCUGCUUGCAGUUCCUGGAGGUCCUGCCACGUUGCCAUAGACAUCUGGGAGUCAGUGUGGGAGCUGCAGUAAGAGGGAGAAGGAGGUGGGGGUCGAGAGGGUUGUUGGGAUCGUCAGUACAUAAACAGAACACAUGCGUGAGGACAAGCUAGGCAAUAGUGGAGCUGAGCUGGUGGGGAGCAGAGGAGGAGGAAGCAAUGCACACGGAUGGGGGUGGAGUCAGGGGUGUGCUUGGCAGUACCCAUCUUGGUGGAUUCAUAGACCCAACUGAUGGCCAUAGUUCUUCUGGAUAUAGAGAUGAAGAUGAAGAAUUGAGGAAGGAAUAGUCUCAGGAGUUAGUGGAUAGAACAGACCCUAGUUCUUUAUGUAGCGAACUCCUAAAGCAAAAUCUGGCACAAGUGCACCAGAAAUUGCCAGAGUAUAGGGUGUCUGCCUGGGCUGCAGCAACGAAAAAGAUUUGGAAAGUAUGUUUUCCGCUUCUGGUUUUUUUGGUUUUGGUUUUGGAUUUUUUGUCUUCCUAGGGCUGCACCCGUGGCAUAUGGAGGUUCCCAGGCUAGGGGUCUAAUCA